GCGGCGGGGCGGGGCCGCGGGGCGCUCCCGCCUGAGCUCCCAAGAUGGCGGCGGCCAGCGCGGUGCGGGUGGCAGGCCGGCGCUCUAGGAAGCUCUUUGACAUCUUCGUGGCCGAGGUCCCCUGGACGGUGUCGAGCAAGGAGCUGAAGGAGUAUUUCUCUCAGUUCGGGCCUGUACAGAGGUGCCAGCUGCCGUUCGACAGAGACACAGGCUUUCACAAACGCUACUGCUGGAUUAAGUUCUCGACUCCAGAAGAUGUUCAGAAUGUAUUUCAGAAGGACUCCCACAUACUUGAGGGUGCCAAGCUCUCCCUCAGACAGCAACGAGGUAGAAGACUCAUUCAGCCAAAGAAAGAGUCAAACUGAGCAAGCAGUGGAAGGAGGCUUUAUUUCACUAAAUGUAAAGAAACUAAAAUAAAGAUCACUGAGAAACUAUGAA